AAACAUUACAAGGUGUAGUCGGCCACGAUGUUGCUCCAAAUGACAAGUCCACACAAUCGGCGGGCAUCUACCUGUUCCCUGAUCUGAGGUUUGCAAACAAAGGCAAGAUCCAAGCGUGGGAGGUUCUCGCAAUGAAAGCUGGAGUAAUACGAUUACUGGUAAGCAUUAAAACCUUGUUCAAACCUUGUCGAUCAAUGUGGUCACUUGUUUGCCAAGACGCAUUAGUGAUCAAUUAAUUUCUUUUCCUUUUCCUAUUGCUUUUCCUUUUCCUGCAUGAUUAUGCACAAAGGUCGAAAAAUGUGAUUUUGACCGGUAAUUUUUUAUCGGCUUGUAUUUGGUAAAUCGUGCUUGGAAUGAUACGAAAAAGGUGUCAUUCAAAAGCUAACACCCUAGUCUUUAUGUACUAUUUAAAACAUGAGCCGCAGUGUUUUAUCAGAUAUAAAGAUACGAGGCGAAGCCAAGUAUCUUUAGGUCUGAUAAAACACGCACUGCAAAUGUUUUAAAUUGCUUCAAAAACGAUCCAUCUAGUAAGUUCAUUGGCGAAGCAAUUUUCAAAAAAUACGCAAGUAAGUCGAGAAAAUCAAACUUAAAGUUUAUGUAUAUCAAGGGAAAUCUCUAUCACAUAUAAAGAUACGACACACUUAUGAUUGUUCUUUGUGUUAUGAAUUAUUGAGUUUUUGAAUAAUAUGAAACAAUUCAAUUUGUGUACUUAAUAUUGGGGGCACAAUAGCACGCAAAAAAUGGAAAUUACCUUCUUUUGACACACCCUGUAUUUUUUUAACACAGGUCGUGCGUGCGUUUUGCCUUUUCAAUGUAAGUGAGCCGUACUUAUCGAGCGAUGGUGCAUCCCUGGCAGCCUCCGAAUGUGCUUCAAUCACGUGUCAAACCUCUGAACGUUUCUGUAUGAAUGCAGGCUCAUGCGUAGCCUCGAACGCCAAAUGUGGAUCCUCAGCCCCUGUGAGUUUCGCGACAAAACACGAAAUCGUCCACGAAUACAUCGCGUACGUUUUAGCCGGUUUGAACAUCCUCACUUUCGACGGAGAUCAGUUGGCCGAGUUACCGGAUGUGGGACCUGGGUAUAGUAUCGCGUUUCAUAAACAGGCAGGGUCUGGGGCUGAGUUGGCAAGCGAUGUACAAACGAAUCCGAAGUUCUACCAGUUUGCCGAUGACGCUGCACCUCUAGGAACAAUGUUAGACACAGCAUCAAUUCGACAACCAAGUGGCGGGAAAGUCCAUAUUAAGGCUUACUACUCCGCGAGUAGUGUCCAGGUAUUCAAAGAAACGUACUCAAAUAUCGGAGUUUUUAACCCCCGGGCAAGAUUCACCGUCGACGGAAGUGACACAGAUUUCACGUCGAAGAUUGUUGUAUCCGAGUCGAUCGAAGGAGGUAACUGGACCGUCACACCGAAUCCUUAUAUUGCGACUAACGCCACGUUCUCAGUGUUGGUGCACCCGCUGACCAGAGGUUACAAUGUUACAGUGUUUAUAUUAUAUACACUGGGGGAGAAUCAUACCUAUUUUGAAACCCGCGUCGAGACUGAAGCCACCAUCGAACAUGCUUAUAAUCAACGUGGUUUUAAAGCAUUGUCGUUAACUUACAGUAAUGCGCUGUCAUCGGUCGAGUUUAGUUGCCAAGUCUAUGUCCAGGAUAAAGUCGACUACUUGGAUCUUGUCGACCCAAUCGCGGUGGUGCCCACGGGAAACGAAAGCGAAAUUGUCUGGUAUCUACUACAGGGUAGCGACCUAACAUUUGAAUUUGAUUUAGGUGAUGGUACAUUUUAUAGCAAUGGUACUUUUGAUAUUGACGGAAUUCUCAUAGUCUACGCAAAUCAAUUGUACUAUGCCCCUGGGGAAUAUGAUGUGAAUAUCACAGUGUAUAAUGAAGUUAGUAAGCUGACCUUGACAGCGGUCGCCGCUGUGGAAGACCCUAUAAUCAACAUGACCACAGAAGUUGUUCACGUCGCCCGUGAUAUUGAAGUCAAUGAAACCAUCCAGUUCAAUGUGACCAUACUCAAUGGUACUAGCCCUUAUUACCGCGUUGUAUUUGGUGAUGGCACUGAUGAUGUUGGAUUGAACAGUUUGGUCAAUCAUUCGUAUUCUUGGUGGCAGGUAUUCGAAACGAAUGUCACGGCAUGGAACAAUGUUAGCCAAUCGACAUGUCUUAUCAAUGUCACAGUUCAUAAACCAGUCCGACCUUUGAUAAACUUCACCAUUACAGUCGAGCCAACGAACUUGACCGAUCCUGUGGCGUUCAUGUUGAACAUAAGCGACGGUACGGAUUACAACUGUACCUGGGACUUCGGUGACGGUUCCACGGGCGAGAACGAUUAUGACGAUCUCGGGAAGUAUCUGUACCACACUUACGCCGACAUCGGUGUUUACGUUGUGUUCAUGAACUGUUCAAAUCGUCUAUACACGGCAAAUUACACAACAGUUGCCAUCGCUCAAAGACCCAUCCUUGGGUUCCAGUUUCCAGAACUCAAACCGAUCAAGCAUACUGACAAUGCAGAUUUUUCCUGGUCAUGUUUGAGUGGAACAAAUGCCACAUACAAUAUCACCUUUGAAGAUAUGUACCUAGAUGAUAUUCCAGAAUUGUUGCAAAAUGAUGAUGUGACCCUUUCAGUUGACCGAUUGACCGGUUCCUAUUCUAUCCCUGCUUCAGACUCCGCUACUCAUCAAUACGGUGUAUAUAUAAUGGAAAUCACAGUUUGGAACCUUGUCACACCGCCUCAAACAAUCCGUCACGAAUUGAUUAUUGACAAGCCAAUAGAAAACGCUGAUUUAACCUCCAUGGAAACGCACUGGGAGGUCAACACCACCGUCACGGUCACAACAGCCAUGAGCCUGGGAACUAAUGUCACUUUGGUAUUUGAUUUUGGGGAUGGCAACACAUACGAGGAAUUCGUUAUGGGCGAGUUUCCCGCUGAUGGUGUAGACACUGACCAUACAUUCCUGACGGAUGGUGACUUCACUGUCACCCUAUUGGUCAAGAAUAGUGUUAGUAAUAUCACUCUCGAAUUGCUACUACAUUUGGAGUACGUCCCUGACUUAUCGUUAGAAAGCAAUAGCCCGCAAAUUCAUCCUUCGCCCUCAACGGUCAAUUUUACCCUGGUUGUUAACCCUGGAAAAGAGCCACCCACCAACGCAACUGCAAUAUGGAAUUUUGGAGACGGCACCCCCCUGAUUAUCAAGCCUUUUGAUUACCAUGACACUCAUGUUUACGCAGAGCCGGGGUGGUAUAUUGUCGUGGUCACCGUUUAUAACGCUAUCAGUAGUACGAAUAUUACAGGUUUGUGUUGUUGCGUUGUUUUGUGUUGUGUUGUGUCGUGUAGUGUUGUAUUGCCCAAAUACACUGUACUGCACUGCCAGUGUACAUUGCAGUACAGUAUAGUAUCAGCGCAUCGCAGCGUAGUACAGUAUACAGUGCAUUACAUUACAGUAAUAAUGUACUGUAGUGCAGUACAGUGCUGUGCUGUAUGUACAUGUACUUAAAGGAUUAGUGUCAGGGUCAUGCAUUGCGGGCUUUUGUUAUUGUUUACAUUUUACUUAAAUACAACAAUUAGCGACAAAAAUACCUUGUUUGGUACAUUUCUGGUACAAAACAAACAAAAAAGAGCAAGUAUUAUAAAAGGAUGGUUUAAAUAUAUGAAGGAUUGUAAAAACUUUCCAGAUCAUCUAAUCCAUUCGUCCCGAAAAAUGGCCGCCAGCAGGAGUUUGAGCCCGCGAAUUCCCGGUGUGACACUAAUCCUUUAAUUGUAAAUAAUUCUUUUCCCAUAGGUUAUGCUGAUGUCCAGCGAGUUAUAGUAAUCCCAGAAGUUUGGCCGGUGAAUACCGCUGGGGAUAAAGGUGACGGUGGUGCUGGCUCAGGUCCAGGUGGAAUGACCUUCCCAGAAGACUACCCAGUGCGAUUCAUGACCAUAGUCGCAGACGGCACAAAUGUGACCUAUAGCCUAGACUACGGGGAUGGGUCAGUGGAUUCUACAAAUGAAACAUUUUUGGAACAUCAGUUCAGUUCGCCUGGCACUCAUGUAAUAAACGUGCAUGUCCACAACUCUGUCAGCGAAUUCACAUUUACUAUAGCUAUUGUAUUAGAAGCUGUUGUUAAAGAUAUUACAAUCGAAAAUGAUUCGCCAACCGUUUAUGGGACACCAAUGAAAUUUACGGUAAACAUCGGUCAAAUUGGGAAUGAGUCAUGUUUCUACCUCAAGAUGAAGAACGAUUCUUUUAUAACAUACAAGCCAGCACUAACCACCACAUGUACAAAGCCAGGAUUCUCGACCGACGUUCGCCCGUUUAGUGGAAACAGUUUUACAUUUGAGUAUAUCUAUCACACGGCGACAGAGUAUAUUGUUACAAUCGAAGGACAGAACGCCGCUUCGACAGUGCCCGUAGAUUGUCGUGCUACAGUCGUUUUAAAACCGUGUUACUAUCCGAAAGCGAUCGUGAUUGAAGUCGGAAAAAACGUGAGCACGGCACGACAGUUUAUAAAGUCUCGUGAUACCGUUGUACCUACGGAGAAUGUGAUCGAUUGCGAAGCUGCUGUGUACAGGUAGGUUGUUUGUUUUGCAUGCGUAAGAACCAUCAUCACCACCACCACCAUCAUCAUCACCUCAUCAAUACCCUCAUCACCCUCAUCAUCACCAACAUCAUUGCUAUCAUCACCUCCACCAUCAUUGCUAUCAUCACCACCACCAUCAUCACCACCACCCUCAUCACCUCCACCAUCAUUGCUACCACCACCAUCAUCACGACCACCAUCAUCACCUCCACCAUCAUUGCUAUCAUCACCACCACCAUCAUCACCACCACCCUCAUCACCUCCACCAUCAUUGCUAUCAUCACAACCACCAUCAUCACCACCACCAUCAUCACCACCACCAUCAUCACCUCCACCAUCAUUGCUAUUGUAGUGCCGGUCAGAGAACAAUUGGGACAAAUGACUAUUAUGUGUGUUAUGUGUGUAUUGUGUGUUACUAUGUAAAUUUGUAAAUAGAACAAUAAAACUAUAUAGGCGUGAAAACUAAUUAGGUUAUGUAAAUUGACAGUGUGUAUAAAAGGACAAUUUUAAUACGAUUUGGUGUGAUUUCUUUAGUAAAUAAAGCGUGUUUGUACGAAGUUGUUUUACUUUUCUGUGGCGGUUUUUUUUCGACACGAUCUCGCUUAAUCUGGCACAACAUUGGUGGCAGCGGUGGGAUAUUUCAUGCCUUUAGAGAAGGUAUGCCAAUGACAACGAGAUCGGCAGCGAGAUUAAACAGUGAGGAAACCAACGAAGACGACAUGGAUGACCGCGGAGAAGAAAAUACACGUAUCACGGGCAGUGAUGAGAAUUUUGUUGAGUUAUUUUCGAUGAUGAAGCAGCAAACUGAGCUUAUAAUGGAGCACAAAGUGGCCCAAACAAAGCAAAUGAACGAAAUACAGCGUUUGAUUGGUGAUAUUGACGGGAAAAUGGAAGGAAUUAGCAAGCGACAAGACCGGCUAGAAAGGAGACUAGACAGAGUCGAGACAGACCUUGCGUACGUGAGUGGUGAAGUCGAAAAGUCUGGGGAAAGUCAACGAAACACUAUGGCUGUGAGUGUUGAAUGUUUCGAAGCAAGGCUUGACGUAGUGGAGAAUCGCGUAGACAGGUUCGGCGAGGGCAUAGACACAAUCCAAAAGGAACUCGUGCCGAAGUUAAAAGAAAGCGUUCUCGAAGAACUUUUAGCCGAAAUUAACUUGAAAGAAACGAGGAAACAAAAUUUAGAAAUGCUAAAUCGGGAUGUGAAAAAUUCUCCGCAAGGUAUCGAGAACAUUCGUGCCAACAAAAUUGCGACUCCCGUUUUUCCAUCACCCAGAAGGCGAUAUACCCCAUCCACGUUAAAACCCGAGGAUAGUGGUUGUGUUACCUCGACGAAUGUUCGCGUCAGAGAUGCUGAGGCACCCAACAAGCUUUUACAGAAACCAACGACCUUCGAUGGCACAACAUUAUGGGAAUCCUACUACGCGCAGUUUGAGAUAGUGGCGCAAUUAAACAAGUGGAAUGAUUUUCAAAAAGCAGCCUAUCUUGCUACAAGUUUGAAGGGACCUGCUUUGGCGGUGCUGGGUAACUUGGCUCCUGAAGAACGUCAGAAUCUCGAUGUUUUAGUGGUGGCGUUGAAGAAUCGAUUUGGAACAAGUCAUCAAACGGAACUAUCACGAAUGAAAUUCAAAAACCGCAUCAAGCAGAAAGAUGAGUCAUUGCCUGAAAUGGCCGAGGAUAUCGAACGGUUAUGUCGACUCGCUUAUCCAGACGCCCCUCCUACGCUACGUGAUGUACUCGCGCGGGACCAGUUCGUUGAUGCGUUGACUGAUGAAGAUACCCGAUUGCGUAUUAAGCAAGAAAGACCCAAGUCACUGCGAAAAGCCUUGGAAGCUGGUCUUGAGUUGGAGUCGUUUCAGAUAGCUGCUCGACAGCGUCUCAAAGUGUCACGAGAAACAGAGUUACUUCGUGCAGCUAGACCAAGUGGUACAGAGCAGAAGGAGCAAAGAAAGUACAACCAACUCGAGGAGGGAAAGUUGGAGAUGACGAAGAUACUCGAACGUCUGGAAAGGUCGAUGAAGCUUUGUCUUGACGGUGUUUUGGCAGCGGUAAAGGUACAACGAAGGUCGCCGAAAGAGCCUGGUUGCUGGAAUUGUGGUGAUUUGAAUCAUAUUAGAAGAAACUGUCCAAAAUCACGCAAUGAUGACGAAGAAUCGGAUGAUCAGGGAAACGGGAAGUAGCUGGUCCUACGGGGCGAGUGCCAGCUCAACCGAAUGCUCCAACCAAAAUCUUAAAAACAGGAAUGAUGCAAGGAAUAGCGGACAGUUUGAUCAUAUCUGGCAGUAUCGAAGGUGUGAAUUGUGACAUGGUGAUAGAUACGGGAUCUAACAUUACAAUUUUGAGACCGGACGUAUUGGGGCGAGUUUCGAAAGACGUAGACAUUGAUGUACAGCCAGUAGACAGUUUAUUACGGACAGUAACCGGUGAAACAACACCAGUACAAAGUCGUGGUAAGCUCGCUUUUCAAGUUGGAAAUUUGAAAGUCGUACAUGAUGUAUGGAUUGCAGAUGUCGAGAACGAGUGUAUUUUGGGACUAGACUUUCUGAUUUCGAAUGACUGUGUUGUUGAUGUACAAGAAUCCUGUUUGCGUAUUGGCCCGGAAGAAAUUCGAUUCAAGGGGAUGACAGCCACAAAGAAAUCAGUUUGUCGCAGAGUGAUGGUUGCUGAAACAUGGUUGGUUCCACCGAAGAGCGAAGCGAUAAUUCCAGGAAUGCUGGACGGUGAUGGUAGUUCUGAAGAAGGUUGGGGAGAAAUCAACCCUAGCAAGGAACCAGGAUUGUCCAGUGAUAUUCUCGUAGCAAGGACGGUUGUAGAUAUUCGUAAGCCCAUAUUUGCUGUAAGAGUGUUAAACAUGUCGGAUGAUGAACGAAUAGUCCGUGAAGGUACAGAUGUUGCUAGUUGUGAAAUCAUCGACAGUGUGACCGUGGUGGGGAAGACUGAGCCUGGAAGUCGUGAAGCGAGUGAUGAGUUACCUGAAGUGGUAAAGAAGCUUUAUGACCGUAGUUCCGGAGGUUUGGACGAUUCACAAAAGAGUCAGUUGUAUUCGUUGCUGGUGGAAUUUAAAGAUGUGUUUUCAGAAAGUUCAGGUGACAUAGGGAGAACAUCUUUAACUUCACACAAGAUUGACACUGGUAACCAAAAACCGAUCAAACAACAACCGCGGCGUCUACCACUGGCGAAGGUGGACAUUGCACAAGAGGCGAUUAAAGGAAUGCAUGAGCAAGGAAUUAUCGAGCCUUCAAGCAGCCCCUGGACAGCGCCUAUUGUCUUGGUGAAGAAGAAGGACGGCACAAACAGGUUCUGCGUUGAUUACAGAAAGUUGAAUGAUGUGACGAAGAAAGAUUCCUACCCGCUCCCUCGAAUCGAUACGACACUUGACGCGUUAGCUGGCUCGAAGUGGUUUUCAACUCUGGACAUGAAGAGUGGUUAUUGGCAGGUGGACUUGGAACAAUGUGACAAAGAAAAAACGGCGUUCUCGACAGGCUACGGGUUGUGGCAGUUCACCGUUAUGCCAUUUGGGUUAUGCAACGCCCCCGCUACAUUCGAAAGGUUGAUGGAGUUAGUUUUGGCUGGUCUGCCUUGGAGCGUGUGUCUUCUCUACUUAGACGACAUCUUGGUACAUGGAAAGACGUUCGAAGAAGAGAUACUUAAUCUACGCGAAGUCUUUGGUCGUUUUCGAGCAGCCAACCUCAAACUGAAUCCGAAGAAGUGCGAGCUGUUCAGACAGAAAGUGCUCUAUCUGGGACAUAUUGUGACCCAAGAAGGAAUUUCAACGGAACCAAGCAAAGUUGAAGCUGUGACUACGUGGCCAAGACCUACGAACAAGCGAGAUUUAAGAGGAUUUCUAGGACUUUGCUCGUACUAUCGCAAGUUCAUUAAGUCAUUUGCCGACAUUGCAAGCCCAUUGCAUAAACUCACCGAGAAAGAAACUGUGUUUGAUUGGUCUGAACAAUGUGAGGAAGCGUUUGGAGAAUUGAAGCGUCUUUUAACGGCAGCCCCAGUGUUGGCCUACCCAAUUGCGUCAGGGAGAUUUACGAUAGACACGGAUGCGAGCGAGAGAGGAAUUGGCGCUGUCUUAUCUCAAGAACAAAACGGAAUAGAAAGAGUUGUCGCGUACUUUAGUCGAAGUCUGAGCAGAAGAGAACGAAAUUACUGUGUGACGCGAAAAGAGUUACUGGCAGUGGUCAAAGCAACAGAAAAGUUUCAUUAUUAUCUCUAUGGUCAACGAUUCGUGGUGAGAACUGAUCAUGCUUCAUUAAAGUGGUUGUUCAAUUUCAGGCAGCCAGAAGGACAGAUUGCUCGUUGGUUGCAGAAGUUACAAGAAUAUGACUUUGAGAUCGUGCAUCGUGCAGGAAGAAGUCAUGUCAAUGCAGAUGCUUUGUCACGACGACCAUGUUAUGAGUCAGCAUGCAAGUUCUGUUCGGCUUUAGAAGAUAAAGAUAAUGAAAACGAAGCGAUAAGUGAGGAAGAAGAAAGGGAUAUGCGCGGAAAUGGAAUUUCAAGAGGGGCGACCAUAAACCAAGACGAACUGUUGUUUCAAAUUUGGACAAAGGAAGAGCUCAGGACGAAGCAAGUGGAAGAUCCAGAUAUUAGACAUGUGAUGGAAUGGAAGAUUAACGGAAGACCAGAAUGGAAAGACAUUUCGGCUAUGAGUCCAGUUACAAAAUCAUAUUGGGCGCAGUGGGCAUCAAUUGAUGUGGUGGAUGGAAUCCUUUAUCGACGUUGGGAGGAUGCAAGUGGACGUGAAGUGAAGUAUCUCUAUUUAACACCAAAGGCGAUUCAAGAUGAUGUUUUGCGAAAUCUACAUGACUCUCCAACUGCGGGACACUUCGGCGUGAAAGAAAACGUUAGCUCGCGUUCGACAACGUUUCUAUUGGAUAAACCUAAGAUGGUCAGUGGAGAACUGGUGCAGAAAAUGUGAGAAAUGUGCGUCGCGUAAAGGAUAUCCUAGAAGAGCCAAAGCUCCGUUGAAAUUGUACACCGUUGGUUCGCCGAUGGAGAGGAUAGCUAUCGACGUGUUGGGACCGCUUCCAAAAACAGAUUCGGGAAACCAAUAUAUACUCAUUGCUCAAGAUUACUUCACGAAGUGGCCGGAAGCCUUUGCUCUUCCAGAUCAACAAGCAGUUACAGUCGCAGAAGUGUUGGUCAACCAGUUCUUCACUCGGUUUGGGAUCCCUAUGGAGUUACAUUCUGAUCAAGGGAGGAAUUUCGAAUCUGAAACUUUUCGAGAAGUUUGUCGGUUACUUGGAAUUAAUAAAACGAGAACAACUCCUUACCAUCCUCAGUCGGACGGAAUGGUGGAACGUUUUAACAAGACAAUAGAAGAUGGAUUGGCGAUGUUUGUGAAUGCUCAUCAAACCGACUGGGACAUGCAUAUUCCUCUGUUGUUAAUGGCAUAUCGUAGUGCAGAACACGUAGCAACGAAGAUUAGUCCAUCCCGGAUGAUGCUUGGUAGAGAGAUGAAAUUGCCUAUUGAUGUUUGGGCAGGACGACCGGAAGGUGGUGAGAUUCCACGAAGCAGCCCGAUGUACGCGCAGAAGUUACAAGAAAAGAUGGACGAAGUGCAUAUGUUUGCAAGAGAUAACUUAAAAAUCAGUUCUGGUGCGAUGAAGCAACAUUAUGACGUGAAGGCUAUGGCAGUGAAAUACGAAGUUGGCACGGGUGUUUGGCUUCAUAACCCACAACGGAAAAAGGGAAGAUCACCAAAGUUGAGCAGAAAUUGGGAGGGCCCUUACGUUGUGGUGAAGCAAAUAAAUGACGUUGUCGUUCGAAUAAAGAAGGGGCCCCAGGCAAAGCCCAAAGUCGUGCACAUCAAUCGACUGAAACCUUACACAGGUGGAGAGUAUUUUGGUUGGUUCGCAGAGAAAGGAAGCAAUGGUUCCGGAACUUCAAGGAACUUAGAUAUCGGCAAGUCGACUUUACCUGGGGUGAGGACAACAUCAAAGAAAGAGAGUAAUGGUAAAAACACAAACAGUAGGACCACGGUUGAAUCGUUGCGUCGCGGUAUACGAACUAGGAAACAACCACAAAGAUAUACACCGUAAGAUUUUGGGUUGAAAUUGUUCAACGGAGACCGAUGAACUGGGGAGAGGGCAAUGUAGUGCCGGUCAGAGAACAAUUGGGACAAAUGACUAUUAUGUGUGUUAUGUGUGUAUUGUGUGUUACUAUGUAAAUUUGUAAAUAAAAGGACAAUUUUAAUACGAUUUGGUGUGAUUUCUUUAGUAAAUAAAGCGUGUUUGUACGAAGUUGUUUUACUUUGCUGUGGCGGGUUUUUUUCGACACGAUCUCGCUUAAUCUGGCACAACAGUAUGGUUUCGAGUGCAAUUUGGAAAAAAAGUAUGUAUGAGUCAGUUUUUCAAAGACUAUCAGAAUUUCACGAGUCCGAAGGACGAGUAAACAUGAGAGUAUGUUUUUUUCGAAUUGAACGAGAGACCACACUAUCACUUGUUAAUAAUAUAAAUGAAAAAAUUAACGUCAGCCAUUUUUUUUAAAAAAAAGCCAGUAAUUUUUUUUGUCUUUCCUAAACGUUUGCUUUUUGUAUUAUUUCUGUUGGAAUUUUUAUUGGAUAUUUUUGUUAUUGUUUUAUAUUUUAAGGCGAUCAGAAAGCUUGAAUAGUCAAUGACAUUUGCACUGUAUUUCCCUUUUUUAUAUUUAAUGUUUUGGCACUGUUUUUCUGAAAUGAAGUCCUACCUGCACAUUACAUUGACAUUGUAAAACAAUAGAAACAGGGAUACAAACUUUAAAUUCACAAAGUUACAACACACAAUUACAACACACGAUCAAUGCUUUCCAAACCAUCCUGUACACGUUCCAAAGUUAAUAUAAACUAGACAUCAAUCGCCCAUACAUUGCAGGCCUUUCCAAGUCAAAGACCUGAAAAUUGCAUUGGUUUGGGAAAUGACCAAGUUACAAAAAAUAUUUAUACAUACAAAUGUAUCAACAUUUGGUACAGCACAGACACAGUCACAGAAUAUAGUAAACAUCCUAAACGUGCAUGCGUUCCUCAACUCUUAUGACCAACAACAAGUAAUAGAACAAGAACAACGUUUACUACAGGUGGUUUUUCAUGUCCAUUAAAUCAAAGCUCAUACUUCGGAAAUUUAUUGUUGUAUAGUUAAAUGUACUAAAUUUUAAACCAUUUAUGCCAUUUCUUUAUAAAAUAAUCGUGUCGCUAUGGCAACACUUGGGUUAAUACGUACCACAAGCUUGCAUUCAGUAUUGGCCAAAUACUAACACUUCAUGUUUUGAAUCAAUGUUUGGGAAAUAUAGGCAAGGGUUGAUGCAUUCAUGUAUUUCUAGUAUAUAAAACACAAACGGCAAUUUUAUCUAAGAAAAGUAUUAUACAGAAUUAGGGAGGAUCUGGUCGUGAUAAGGACCUCCACCUUGGAGAAAGAGGAUUGAUGUUUAUUUCAUGUAUUUUUGUUUUAAGCAACUAUGAAUAACGGGCAUAUGAUAUUCGAUAGGGAAAAGGUGUGUUGUAAAAACAAAAGUAUACUUAUAUCUUUCCAGAGCUUAGUGCGGUAGGCUACUGCACUCACUAAAAGUUAUUGUUCUAACUAUUCCGUUCUAAUAUUUCUGUUUGAUAUUUGAAAUAAUUACAAUACUUUUCGUAAUUCGAUCCUGUUGCUCAUUGUACUUUACCUAUUUCUGGUAGAAAAUUAUGGUGACGAUGCUCUGGGGACGAUAUUUACCAUUAUCUUCUUGUAUUAGUAAACUCCGUUUGCUUGUAUAGGUCCCUUGGCAUUAAAUUUUCCUGGUAAUGAUAUAAUCCAACAUGGCAUAUCCAAAGGAUCUUCUCAGGCAUUGGAAUCUAUCACUGCGUGUUUUUGGAUGUCUGCGCCUGAAGCGUAUGUCAAGGAACACGAGGCCACUCUGUUAUCUUAUGCUACGGUCGAAGGGGCAAACGAUUUUCUGAUGUCGUUUGAACCACUGCUGAACUUUCGGAUAAAAAAUAAACUCUACAAGUAGGACAUUAAAUCAAUAUUGUUUCUUUUUAAAUGUGUCAGUGAUUAAAGGGGGGAGGGAUAAGUCCUUUCUGCGCAUGUGUCCGGCGUUUGUUUAUGCUUUGAUACAUUACACAUGUUAUAACAUGAAGUAUUGGUAUUUACAACAAUAUUUUAUCAAACAUGGCGAUUGAAAAUAUGAGCGAAACUUUAUAUAGUUCACUUGUUUGUGUGGUGGUGCCUGCUUUUUAUGAGAAAUAUAGAAACUUUUGACUUGUACAAGUUUGAAUAAUUUUCCUUUUGAACCGCAUCGCGUGAUAAACACGCCGAAUCAUGCAUGAAGUAUGAUCAACCGACGAAUAUGAAUUGCUCAAUGCUCGAUUGCUCUUUACUCAUCAACAAGCUGACAAUAUUGAGUACAAAACAGUAAGUUUAAUGGUUUAUAUGUUGUUUGUUGUUGAUAAAUUGUAGUCUGCAUGUUUUUGCAUGGAUUAACCAUAUAUGAGAGCUUAUCUUUCGUAAAUACGGCACAAAAUAUAUACCGCAUUUGAAUUGUUAGUAGAUAUAUUAUCUCCUAUAAUUUAUAAAAUUGAUAUACGAGCUGGACAAUAUUUUAAACCAACUGCAUGUCCUGGUUAUAUAUAGCUAAAUUCUUAAAGCAUAUAUAAUUAUUUUAUUUGCAAAGAUUGAAAUGGUGAACAAAACAAGUUUUGACUUUUUUCCCCAUUGCUAGCAGCAGCCUUGUCUUUGCCAUUUCUCAUGCUAUUGUAAAUUAUGCAAUUAACCUGAAAGUUAUAUUGCUUCCAUGCAUUAGGACACUUUCUCAAACAUCAUAAAGGCAGAUUGCUAUUGGGACAAGCAGUUAAUAGCAUGAAGCAUGAAGAUCUCUGAAAGAGGCAAACCUAUAGUCUGACUGCAUUCUUUAAUUUUGAGCCUUUCUAUGCAUGACAGGAUUUAGUGUAAGAUGUAAAUGUUCAAGACUAUCUGUGGAGAAAACAUCGAAUGAUAAAGCUAAUGGUGAAAUUCAAACGGGUUGCUGACUGUAAUGAGUGCCGCUGAGAGGGGGGGGGCAUUUUGGGCUUGGGAGUGAUGGGACCCCAGAUUAAUGGGACCUCAGAUUAAAGGGACCCCCCCCCCAAAGUCCCUUAAAUUUUCUUGAUACAAGAUUGCUUAACCAAUAAUAUAAAUCCUAGCUGUGUCAGUGCUGGAUAAAUGAUAAUAUGCAAUAAAGUGCAAUAUAUUAUAAAACACUGCUUCUCCUGUUUUACAAUUAUGACAUAGGGACCCGUGGGAAAGUUUUUCCCUGUACCCACACAACCUCUCGGUGUCCCGGGCUGUUACCACCACCAAGUUCAACAAUCAGAUAGAAAUCUUCAUAGCUGGGGCUACUGUGUACAUUUUGUACCCAUACCAACACAAGAAGGAAUAAGUGUUUUUCUAAAUGAAGGUGAUAUUGCAUAAUUAUUAAGAGGACAAGACUGAACUCUAUCAAGAACUCCCAUCAAGAACACUGUAAUUCAAACAAAAUGUUUUUGGCACAAAUGUUCUGAAACAAUAAUUGCCAGGCAUUAUCGAGAAGAUGUUCUUGUUUUAAAUAACAACAUAAACAUGCAUGCAAAACAUCUGACAUGCAGCAUACAAACAGGAUGCUAUAUGACAAUGUCAUAGCUACUGUGCCUUACCAUAAAUCCUCUAGCUAUUGAUAUGGGGGGGGGGGGUGUAAUACAUUUCAGUUUUAGAAAGGUGGGUGAGGCCGUGGGGACUUACAUCUAUUUUAGAGGGGGGAAAAUAGGAGAUUUAUGGAAGAUGGAAUAAUUGAAGGUUGUUGCCUAGUCAACAUUUGAUUUCACUAUUGUAUGCUGGAUACACUUCUUACUAGAAUAUCAUGGUAUAAAAUAAUAUAAUGUACAAUGUCAGCUAGUGUUAAUAAUUUAAUUAAUGGCAGUCCUGAGUUGUCAGAUCUCAAGACAUAUAUUCCAAGACAAAUUCCAAUAUAUCACCAGACAAAUCUUGUGAUAUUGAAGCUCAUUUUCAACUCCAGAAUGCUAAAAGAUACUACCAUGCAUUGCUUUUAAUAAAAAUAAUAUAGUAACUAUAUAGAUUAUACAGUUGUCAUCUUUAUUACUUCCUGAGGUGUAACUUCAUGUACUGUGGGUGUAUAUCACAAAAUCGUAAGAGUUCCAAGGCAACUCAACUGUCAUGAUAAUGACUAUACCUCAUGCUACUAUGUUUCAGCCUACAGUAUGAAAGUUUUCCAAUACUAAAAUGAAACUUUGCAUGCAUAUACAAAAAUUUAUUAGCUUGAAAGUUCGAUAAUUUUAUACAACAAUCAUGCUAUGUGAAAUGUUAUAAAGAUUUAUAUUCAGAUAUCUGAUUAUAGAUUACAAACAAUUGUAUAUAGUAAAAUAAAUCUAGAAAUAAAAAUAAAGUUAUGAGGCCGUCUUGAAUAAUAGCGCAUCAAUAAAAAUAUUAACAGUAAAAUUGUAGUUAUGGUUUCAAAUUUCUUGACUUUUUUUGCCUGGGAGGAAUAUUCGAUCAGAUCUGAUCAAUAUAUAUUAAAUACAUAGUCAGCAUGAUCCAAUGCAAUAGAAUCCCAGCAUAGAAUUUUUGACCAAAAUCACUAUUUAACAACAGUUAAAACCCAAAUAUAAACAAAACCUUUACCUGAAUAUAAAAGACAUCGUAGCAGACAACAGCACAUGUCGAUUUGAUCACAGCGUGCUGCACUGAAUAUCGCACAAACGCACUUUUAGGGCAGCUUUGUUAGCGUAAUAUUCUUUCCAUGUUUUCUUGUUGUUUUAUAUGCUUCAAUAAUUUACUGAUAGGUGGAUUGGGUUUCAUAAAAGUCGCAAAUUUGUUGAAACCUUUUCGAAUUCUAUAUAAAUAUUUUCCAUUCACUCCUCAUCACCUCAUAUGGAAUAUAAACAUCGCGCGUGCAUAUCGCCAGUUAUAGGACAGGAAACGAGAGGUUUAUUUCCGGUGGAGUCCCCUGUAAACAAACGCCGGGCAUAUGCGCAGAAGGGACUUAUCCCCCUCUUUAACUAAUGAGAUCACACCACCAUGUACGCAUCUGUAAGACGAACCCAGUGAUGUUAUCUUAUGUUGCCAAAGAGUGAACAUUGGUUAAGAAUUUCUCCAUUACCUUCGACGAAACACCUGCGGCUCUAGGGUUAUUUCUUUAUGUAUGAUGUAAACAUACAAUAUUAAUUAAGAUGUGAAUAAUAUUACCUACUAAAAUUGUCUAACGGUAAAGCUGGACAUGCGGUUACAUCAUGUCUACGUCAAUACAAUCGAAUCUUGAAUUAAAAUCAAUUACAACAUCGCUUAAAUCUGGCAAUUGCAAAUAGCAUUAAUGAUAGUUGAGAUAAACGAAAUGAUGGAUUACUGCAAACAGAAUUACCCUUUCUCACGGCGAAGGUCUAAAUCCGCCAUUUUUGGUACUAUUUUAUAAACAACGUGAAAAAUCAGGGCAAUGUGAAAAUAUAUUUCAAAUAUUUAACGGUAAAUUGAUUUAUAAUGAUUAUACUUAUAAUUAUAAUUAUAGAAAGUCUCAUUUUCACCGCCUACUAUAAUCCUUGUUCUACAAAUGGUCGCAACUCAAAGACGACGGCGUGAGAAAGGCUAAUUGAUCAGGCUUUGCAUCUCAUUAGCGACCGAGAACAUGCCAAAUUCAAUUGCGUCCUGGAACAAAAAAAACCGUUGGUAAUGGCACGCUUAAUCCACGUUUUGUCGCCCUAUUUCCCCCUCUCCAGCGGAUGUUAACAAAUAUGUGAAUAUCCGUAUAUAAGCGCCUUCGUCAGCAAAAAAUAAAGAAGAUCAGGUCGAACAGAAACGUGUAAGCCUUUCCCCAUUGUGUGAUUCAGAGUCUCUUUAUUGUUAAUAGAACUGGCUUGUUGCUUGCUGACGAACAUCUUCAUCACGUGUGUUUCUCAUGGGAGUCAUCAAGCGGCGACUCCAAAGUGUACAAGGAUGGUUCUUUGGUUAAAACGAUGGUUGACGUCCAAACUGGAACACAAAUCAAAGGUGGUGGAAUAUGGGUGAUUGGUCAAGACCAGGAUUCUUUGGGAGGUGGUUUCGAAGCCGUAAAUUCCUUCAAGGGUAUCUUGACCGAAGUCAAUAUUUGGAACAGAACUCUUGGUUCUGAUGAGAUAAAAAGUUUUGCAAGCGAUUGUGAUUCCUUGGUGCAAGGAAACUACAAGGCUUACAGCGAUUUUGAUAUCUCGAGUGUUACUGAAUUGAUUAAACCAUCAUGCUGUCCCUUGGCUCCACUUCCUCAGGCAUGAUAUUUGUUUGCUUGAACUGCUUUAUUCAUUAUAAACGCUUGCUUGUAUCUGUAGAAAGAUUUCCUAGUAUGAAAUCAUGUCAAUUUGCUGCUUAAUAAAUAAAUUGAAACUGCUUUACUUUUAAAUGCUUUUUCUUGUUGAAUAUAACAAGACGCUCUGCGGAGCGUUAACUCGCUGGGGAUAUACUAGACUUGGUUAGGGCCUGAACUUCAGGUUAGUUGAAGUCCGUCUCUCAUAUUCUAAAAGAAAUUAAUUGGGCAGAACAGGAAUAUAUGAAUAUCUGCACCCCAAUUAUCGAUCUUAUCAAGGAUAAGUUAUCAAGGAUUAAACAUACUGCAUUAAUAAUUUUGAGCGACUUGAAAAACAAUACAAUUAUUUUGCUUGGCUUUCAACUGACAAAGGCCAUAUUCGCUAGAAUAGUGUUAUUUAGUAAUACUGUACAUUUGACAUCCGUAAUUAGUAGAAUUUCUAACGCUGAAUCGAACGGUGGUAUUUUUAUCCUCAAUACGUACUGCGAGCGAUUUAUCAACAAUACAAUUUCGCUUGAUUUUCAAAGGCUAUAAAUCGCUAGAAUACUGGUGUUUAGUAAUACAUUUGACAUCCGUAAGUACAAUUUCUUACGCUGAAUCGUAUGGAACGGUGUCGCUUUCUUCUCAAAAUAUAUUAAAGCAGCGCAGCCAAACGUAACUUGCGAUUUGCGAAGGUUGCUGUUUCCAUGUCGAAAUUUCUUGUAAAAUUGUUCAAUUUUCCCGAAUUUUCCUCAAAAUGCAGGGUUAUUUAUGGAUAAUGUGGGUAAAAGUUAGCAGGAGCAGCAGGAGCUUUAUGGAUAAUUUGGGUAAAAAUUAGUUAGCUCAUUAAUAUUCUAUUUUGUGGCUAUCGAUCUUCGACCUUCGAUCCACUAUCGGCGAAAAAUGCGAGCCGAAACCUAUACUCGUCUGGGGCACAGUGCCCCAGCGAGUAAUAAGUAGUUGACUAUCACCAAGUAGUUGAAUAUAAUGAAUAUAAUUUGAUUUAACAAACAAACAAGAUUGGUUACUAAUAUUAGUACAGAACGUGCAAAAAUACAAUAUUGGUGUGACUGGGGAGAGAAACAGGACUUGCGUCCCAAUUGACACCUAACAUACUCCUAAUAAAUGACUUUACUUUUUCAGUCAGAAUGAAGCAACCUGAUUGGCUGAGGAGCCUUUCAGAGCGGGCUGUUUUUUUGCAUCCGAUCCGCUCUGAAACGCAACUGCCCGCUGUGAAAUGUAACUGCUCGUUCUGGUUUUCGCGACAAAAAAAUGAGAAGUGAAACAAUUUUUAAACUAAAAAUCUGCCACAAAGCGUUUGAAAAACGUAGCCUAACGAUAGUCCGAAUACGAAAAUGAGUUGCAUUAAGUACUAAAGACUUCACACUAAGCACGAUGUACACCAGAAUUGACAAUAUUUGGAGACAGUGCGAUUGAAAGUCAUUUGACAUGUAUAAAACUUAUGCCGAGUGCUCAUGCAUUUAAAAUUGUGUAUACAAGGUAAAGACCAAAAAGCCUAAUUCUAAAUACAUACAUGUGAGAAAGUAUGAAAGUUAUGACCCGAUAUGUUUUAAAAGAGAAGUCGUAAAGGAAUACCGAAUCGUUUUCCGUGCACUGUAGCGUGAUCCAUGCACGCGGGAUGUUGCGAGACUUUCGGAAAGCGUAAAAAACACGAGCCGUAGGCGAGUGUAUUUUUACGCUUUCCGAAAGUCGAGCAACAUCCCAAGUGCAUGGAUCAUGCUAUCCUGCACGGAAAAACCAUUUGGUAAUUGUUUUAUAAAAUUAUUACAUUGAAACGACGCUUAACUUAAUUAAAAUUACUGAUGAAAUGUGCAGUUCUCACAACAUUCGUGAAUUAACCAAUCAGAGAAUCGCUACUCCACGCUAUUGAAAACAACAACAUAUGUGAAUAGAAUUUGAUCGCAAAUUCGCGAAAAUAUAUAGCGAAAAUACAGGGACUUUUUCGAUAAAAUAUACGAAAUUUGAAAUGAAAAACCCGCUAAACAGAGAUCCAAAGUAGUUUUCAAGAUUCUCGACCUGAAUAUAUGAAGAUUGCGAAGCGUUUGAUCAACUUUGAAGCGAGAGAUGUUGUACUUGCAUGCCAUGGUCUGAUGAAUUUCAACGCUACGCGUUGCUACUUGCUGAAUAGCAAUGUAUUGAUCAGAAAUUUAUUCAUACAACUAAACCAACGUCUCAAUAAUUGGAAACUUACUUCAAAGUCGAAAGGUAUCGUACAAUGAAACUUUUAUUACAAAUAAGCGAGUAUAUUUGUAAAAUUAUGUCCAAGAAUUUCUGUUCAGAAUUUCCCGUGCAGGAUUGUCUGAUCCUGCACGGCUGUUGACCAAUCAAAUCGCGUGUUUCACUGUAUAGUUAUUAUAUAACACAACUUCCUCUACAUGAGAUAUACUCAACCCAUGAUGUAAACUCAAAGCUUGACUUGUUGAAUGAAUUAUUUUUGAACAUUCUAAACAGACAUGCACCAAUGCGGUAUAUAAAAAUCAAUGGAAGACCGCACAAGUUUAUCGGUAAAGAAAUAAAGCAAUUAAGGAAAGUCAGAGACCGACGUUUAAAAUCUUUUCGUAAGUCAAAGAAUUCAGAAGAUUGGAACAGUUUUAAGCAACUUAGAAAUGCUGUCAAAUAUCUAUAUGCAAAGCUGAAUCUAAGUACAUCUGCAGUGAAAUGAGAAAAAUAAAGAUAAUUCGAAAACAAUGUGGAAAGUUAUUAGAGGGUGCCUUCCUAGUAAAGAAAUUACAGAACCCAACUACCGUAAGGACCCUGAAUUAGCAGCUGAGGAAUUUAAUAAUCUCUUCAUCUCAGUAAGGACAACUACAGCUGAUAAAGUUAAAGAACUAGCUGAUCCAAACAAUAUUUUAAUAACACCCCCAUCACCAAGACGAACACAGGUAUCGGAUGUUGAGAGAUUUAAAUUUAGCUUAGUUACGCGCGAAGAAGUACGUCAAAUAAUUAUAAGAUCUCUGUCUCACAAAGCUCCUGGUCCCAACAAAGUGAGUGUGGAAUGUUUCAAAGAUACCCUAGAAAUAAUUAUAGAUCCUCUAACUGAUAUCAUAAAUUGUUCUUUGAUGACGUCUACGUAUCCGCUGAGUUGGCGGAGUUUAUACCUUUGCAGAAAGACGAUGAUCCAGAUAAUGCCCCGAACAAUCGACGUGUAUCAUUAGUUUCGAGUUUUUCAAAAAUUUACGAUAAAAUAGCAUUAAAUCAAUUUACAGAUUAUUUGAUGUAA